GCCUGUUAUGUGGCAAGCAGUACAGGCUUGGACUAGGAAACAAAUUGUGGCACAGCCAGCCAGGAUCCUUGCUACUCCUGGCUAGCCGGCCUGAUUGGGGAAUUUUCGGGUAAGGCCCUAGCAGCUGCGGGAUCACUUGUCCUGAGGAUCUUUCCUUCAAAAUUCCCCAAAGCCAGAAACUAACACAACAUUGUAAAGCAAUUAUACUCCAAUAAAAAUAUUAAAAAAGAAAAAAAUUCCCCAAAGCAGCACCGGCUGCCCCAGUGCUUGGCAUUUGGAACAAGGAAUCAACAUUUGGGAGCAGCUGACAGGCUCCAUGCAGUAGGCUGAAGUCGACUGUGCUUUGUAAAACUGGCUCACCGACCCUCGGGACCUGCAGUGCCUCUGGAUUCCAGCCUCCGGGGCUCCACACCAGACAGUCUGAGCAUGCGAGUCACACUUGCUGUGACAGCCUGGAUGCUCUCUGUGGUCUCCGGUUCUUCCUCUCCAGCAAAUACUUUGCCAGAUAUCGAAAAUGAAGAUUUCAUCAAAGACUGUGUUCGAAUGCACAACAAGUUCCGAUCAGAAGUGACUCCAAAAGCCAGUGAUAUGCUAUACAUGACUUGGGACCCAGUACUAGCCCAAAUUGCAAAAGCAUGGGCAAGAAACUGUCAGUUUGCCCACAACAGACAGCUGAAGCUACCCCACAAGCUGCACCCCAAUUUCACUUCACUGGGAGAAAACCUCUGGACUGGGUCUCUGUCCCUCUUUUCUGUGUCUUCAGCUGUCACAGACUGGUACAACGAAAUUCAGUACUACGACUUCAAGACUCAGAAAUGUGACAAGGUCUGUGGCCAUUAUACUCAGAUUGUUUGGGCAGAUAGUUACAAAGUUGGCUGUGCAGUACAGUUUUGUUCUCGAGUUUCUGGCUUUGAUAGUCUUCGCAAUGGAGCACAUUUUAUAUGCAACUAUGGACCAGCAGGCAAUUACCCAACCUGGCCAUAUAAAAAAGGAUCCACAUGCAGUGCCUGCCCCAGUAAUGACAAAUGUCUGGACAAUCUCUGCGCUAACCCACAACGAGACAAAGUGACACGUUACUACUCUAUUGUGUUUCCAGACUGGCCAAUAUUUCCACGUAACAGAUACACAUCUCUUUUCCUCAUUGUUACUCCACCAAUCCUAAUACUGAGUGUUAUAAUUAUCAGUUUGGUCAAGCACAAAUAACCUCAUUUAGUUCUUCUGAACUAAUACAAUCCAGG